UUAACGACCAUGCUGGAACAGUAAGACGGAUGUGGCAAGAGAGUGUUGAAAGUCCACACCGUAGCUCUGCAAUUGUGCUACGAUCCUGAACUACGCAGAAAACGAAACAUACCCACAACAUGUUCACUUCGCUGAAGAAUAAGAUCCGCGAAGAAACCGGUAACGAUGUGGCCCCGCUGUCUGUUUCUCGAGCUCGCCGUAGCCGACCGGAAUCGCUGACCAGUGCCAGCUCGAUCGACGAACUAAGUGCGUUGGAACAGAAGGAGGCAGAACUUCGUGCAACCCGGCUGGAGCUUCAGGAACUCGCCGGGCAUCUGAGUACUUUCCGAGAGCAGGCCCGUUUGCUGGAUAAUGAGAAGUCCCGACUAGAACAGGCGAACCGGUCUUUGGAGGAAAAGCUGCAAGCCUGCCAGGUGCAACGUGAUAUGCAACGUGAUGAGCAGGACAAGAUACAAAACUGUCAGCAGCAGGAGAUUUCAAAGCUGAAAAGUAUGCUACUGUUUCGCGAGCAGGAGGCCAUAGAUCGAAUAGCGCACCAGAAAAGUGCCGAGCAGCAGGCCGAAAGCCUCCGGCAGGAAGUGAACCGUUUGCGGGAAAUCGAACCAAUGCUAGAAAACACCCAGGACGAGCUGGAAAACCUGCGCCAUUCUUCGCAAUGCGAGCGGAACAAUCUGGUGUCGAAGCUAGCUGCGGUCGAGGAAGCCAACCGCCAUCUGAAAAGCCGCGUACAGGUGUUAGAGGACACGCGGGUCUCCCUAGGAACGAACAGCGGAACUACGGAUGAAAAAGUUCAGUGUCUGCUGCAGGAGCGCGACCUGCUCGAACAGCGUCUGGAAGCGGCCCACCUGCAUUUAUCUGAUAUCAAGGCCAGCUGGAGCAUGCAAAACAUGGCGCUCGAAACGCAGGUGAGCAGACUAUCACGCCAGGUUGCGGAGGAAACCACCGAAAAGCGUAACACGCUCAAGGCAAAAGAUGAGCUGAUCGAGAAGCUGAAGCAGCUGGAAUUCGAGUUUGAAAAGCUGCGAUCGGAAAUAACCCAACGGGACAAUAAGAUUAAACUAAUGAAUGAAGAGAUAGAUGAGCUACAUUCCGCCCUCCGCGAGGCACGCGAACAGCAUGAAGAGGAGGUCACGUUUAUGAGCAGUAAAGUUGAACAAAUGCAAAUCGAGUGUGGCGACCUUCGAACUAAUCUUGCCGAUUCGGAACAGCGUCUACUGGAGUGCUUGGAGAGUGCUGACCGUUCCACAGGUGCCUAUCAGGGACAGGUGAUGGAAUUUGAAAAUACCGUGCAAGAGCUAAACCGUCAACUGGCUAGCGAAACACAGGAAAAAAUGGCUGUAUUAAUGAAGAACGCAGAAAUGUCGCAACAAGAGGAGAUACUUCGACAAGAGUUGCGGCACGAAAAAGACGAAUCGAUCGAGCUACACGAUCGUGUCAUGAUGCUGCAGCAUGAAUUGGAAAAACGGCUGAACACCGUCAAUGAGCUGCGUAAACAGGUAGAUGAACUUAUGACAACUAAUCUCAAUUUGAAUGCCGAUCUAGUUGAAAAAAAUAAGGUUGUAAAAACUUUAAAUCAGCGUCUUGUUGACAUGAAAAAAACGCUGCAAGAGGAGCUGAAGCAGAACGGUACCAAUAACAAUCACCCUGCGGGACAUAUCCAGCAAGCCGGCGAUCGAUCGCUGGAACGAUCGAAAAGUUUUGAGAGCAAAGCAAUCGUGAAGGAGAUGGGAAACUUCAAACAAAACGGAACCGGGUCCGGACCGGUUGUAAUGGAUGAGGUGAACUUCCGCUAUCUCAAGCAUGUGAUAAUCAAAUUUCUUACAAGUCGCGAGGUCGAAGCACGGCAUUUAAUUAAGGCUGUAUCUACUCUACUACAGCUUAGUUAUGAGGAAGAAAAAUUACUGCACGAUACACUUAACUGGAAGAUGAGCUGGUUCGGAAGCCGGCCAGGUCAAGUCACGCUUUCUACCAGCUAAAGUUUCCGUCGGGUGACAAGUCACAGUGCGCCCACGUGCUUCAAGUCCUCGACGUAUCUUCGAUUGAUUGUCUCUUUUUAUGUGAAAUCUGUCAAGGGGAUUCAACAGGCGACCAGCAUUAACCAAAGUAUAGUAAUCUCAUUUCAACGGACGGGGUAGUGCAAAAGGAAUCGACAUAAUCAAAAAUAAUUUUUAUGAUUGUGAGAGAACGGUUUGGGUGCGGCAAAAAGCUCUGCACAAAAUGGCGUACCAACCGAUUAGAUCGCUUUAUUUCGUGGGAUGUUUUAAGAAUUUUUGCUUCUAUUUUUGUAACUUUUACAGAAUUGUUUUUUAUACGCUUUUAAACAAGUAACGUUCGGUAUUAUUUGUGUGAGUUUCUACUGCGAUCAUUCCUAAGUCAACAAGCUAGCUGUGGCUUAUAUAUAAGCUUCCAUAACUGGUCAUUGCUAUGUAUGUGAUUUGCUUUCCAAAGAAACAUUGUAUUUACUAUUUUGCCAUAGUAUUAAAAUCGAUCGAAUGAUGCGUAAACGUGUCAAGUAUUUAUAUGUUUUACUGUGUUUUUAUUUUGCCUUACUUUUCAUAUUAUAAUAUUAUAUAUUAGGUCGGUUUUGCUGCGCCUUAGUAAGGAUUGUUGAAUAGUUUAAACGGUGCAACCCAUAUAUGCAAUAUCACUGGGAAUCAGCGGGGAAAGAUAUCUGGGCUUGGUUCAAAAAUAUAAGGCAACUUCCGUAGGCUGCUACGAUCGAAACCCUCGGAUUACAGUCAGGUUCUCUAAUCAUACGUUCAACACCGCCAUUAUUCAUGUUUGUACGAUUUCAAAUAAACAAAUAAAUGCUAGGUCAAUCAAAGUAUUUGUC